AAACACACCAGUGAUGGAUAGCAUGUUUAAGAGUUCUUCCCCAGUUGAUUAUAACACCAUCAAACCUGUUCUUGAACAAAUGUUUAAUAAAUUAAACGGGCCAGAACAUUUGAACCGUAUCUGGAACCCCCUGGAAAGGAUAAAGGAAAUUGAGAUGUUUUCCAGGGAGUUGACAGAUAAAGUGUAUGACCAUCUCCAGUCAACUGAAAGAUAUGUACUCCCUGUGAUGCUAUCGGGAAAAUGUCUUUCAGACUCUGUCAUCUCUAGGUCUGCAGAGCCAACAGAUGAGUUACCCUUUUCGCCCGAGGUCCUCUAUGUGACUGUAGAAGACUCAGUGCAAAAGUUUUUGCAAAACACUCUUCUGUGGUUAGAGAAUGAUGCUUUGGAUCAAACUGUUCAAAGUGACAAGAUUUCUGGUGCCGUGCGAGACAUCCAGGAUGUGAUUUUAAGAGCACUGACUCCAACAGAGCAAAAAGAAAAUGACAGACUGUCUGAACCAGAGUCACGUCCAGAUUGUCCUCCCAAAAAUGAAACAGUCUCCUGCGUGAGUGUACUAGAGCAGGGCCCACCCCCAGAAAACAGCCCUGAGCCUGAACCAAUCACUGAAGCUGGGCUUACAGAAGCUCAAAGUCAGCCAUCAACCUCUGAAAACUUACAGGAGGAGUCUGAGAAAAUUGUCAGAGACUUCAGUAACUGUCUGUUAGAUACGCUCCUGGAGAAAUGUCUUUUCGACACAAACUAUCUGAAUAUAGAAAAUUACGAAGCGAUCACCAGGCGUCUUACAGAUCUGCUUCUAGAUAAGGUCAGAAUCCCAGGAUAUCUGAGUGCUCUUAAAAAUAACAAACAGCGGAUGCUAAAGAAAAUGAGUAAGGCCCUUAUAAAGGAGCUUGACUCUGCAGAUCAGUUUGUACAUUCGGCUCUUACACCAGAUGAUUACACUUUUGAUGAACUUUUUCUGGAUCUCCUGGACAUGAUUAUUGAGGUUGUACUCAAUCCCCCACUGAAGUCUAAAAUUACAAGGUUCUUUCGAGCAGUGGGAAAAGCUUUAAUGAAGCCGUUUAGGAGCUGCUGUAGGGGCAGCAGCGAUGACUAAAAGACCAGCUGCACCCCCCCCCACACACACACACACACACACUACAAUGCUUCUUUAAAGAUCUCGAAGCAUUUAAUAAUUUAUUCAAAA